UGGAAGACUUCGCUUGAAGGUUCAAAACCCCCCAAAACCCUAAAUUUUGGCCAUUUCUCUGGUUCGUCGUCUCUUUGAGUGAUUUUUGUUCGACUUAUCGGAUUUGGGGAUACGAAAUGAAGAACCUGAAGCUGUACUCGGAGGUCUCUUUGAACCUGGACCUACAAUCGGAGGACGAAGUUGUGCUGUUCUCUGCAUUUGACGUCGAGCGUAAUCGCUUGUUCUUUGCUUCGUCGGCCAAUUUCAUAUACACCACUCAGAUUUCUUCUUUCCAUAAUGCGCGAUCAUGGAGCAAUACCUUGUUACAUGCUGAAGUUGACCCUAUCGAUUUGGUGUCUGAGGACUUCAUUACUUCAUUUGAUUAUCUCAUGGAAAAAGAAGCAUUGCUGAUUGGAACAUCUAAUGGGCUUCUGUUGCUUCAUUCUGUGGAUGAUAAUUCAACAGAAGUGGUCGGCAGAGUGGAGGGCAGUGUCAAAAGUAUCUCACCUAGUCCUGAUGGAGAUAUGCUUGGUAUAGUUACUGGUUUUGGCCAGGUACUGGUUAUGACCCAUGAUUGGGAUCUGCUGUAUGAAAUUGGGCUGGAAGAUUUUCCUGAUGGUGUUGACGUACGUGAACAAGAAAAUAUGUUUGACAGUUCUAUUUCUUGGCGAGGUGAUGGGAAAUAUUUUUCAACACUUAGUGGGUUGUGCAAUCCUCCUUCCUUGCAUAAGAGGCUUAAAAUUUGGGAGCGAGAAUCAGGUGCGCUUCAUGCAACUUCAGAUUCAAAGGAAUUUAUGGGUACUCUUCUUGAUUGGAUGCCUAGCGGAGCAAAAAUUGCUGCUAUUUGUGACAGGAAAGCUGAGAAUGGGUGUCCCUCAAUAGCUUUCUUUGAGCGGAAUGGGCUAGAGAGAAGUGCUUUUAAUAUAAAUGAGCAAUUAAAUGCAACUGUAGAACUUCUAAAGUGGAAUGGAAGUUCAGAUCUUCUUGCAGCUGUUGUUAGAGGUAAAGAAUAUGAUUCUGUAAAGAUUUGGUUUUUCAGCAACAAUCAUUGGUACUUGAAACAUGAAAUCAGGUACUUGAGGCAAGAUGGUGUGAGGUUCAUGUGGGAUCCGACCAAGCCUCUGCAGUUGAUUUGUUGGACCCUUGGUGGCCAGAUCACAAUUUACAACUUCAUGUGGACUACAGCUGUUAUUGGGAACUCGACGGCUUUAGUCAUUGACGAUUCCAAGAUUCUUGUUACCCCUCUUUCUUUGUCCCUAAUGCCACCUCCAUUGUAUUUAUUCAGCCUGAAAUUUCCAUCCGCUGUUCGAGACGUGGCUCUGUAUUCCAAGAAUUCUAAGAACUGUGUAGCAGCGUGUUUAUCAAAUGGCUCUUUGUGUGUGGUUGAAUUUCCUGCACCUCAUACAUGGGAAGAUUUAGAAGGCAAAGAAUACACUGUUGAAGCUUCCAUCUGUGAUGCAGCAUUUGGAUCCUUUGUACAUCUUACAUGGUUGGACUCGCAUAUACUUCUUGCUGUUUCUCAUUGUGGUUUCAGCCAUAGUAAUUCUGUAUCAUUAACCUCAUCAAGAGGGGAUGGUAUACGUGGUUACUAUUUGCAGGAGAUUGAUCUUGUGUGUUCUGAGGAUCAUGUCCCAGGUUUGAUUACAUCCUCUGGGUGGCAUGCAAGAAUUUCCUGUCGAAAUUCUCUUGAAGAAAUGGUAAUUGGGAUUUCUUCUAAUCCUGCUAAAAGAUGUUCAUCUUUUGUGCAAUUUUAUGAUGGAAAAAUAUGUGAGUAUACAUCUAAGCUGGGCUUGGCCAACAGCGGAGGAGCUUCAAAACAUGAUGCUAUCAAUUUCACAUCACUAUGCUCUUGGAUGAGUGCCGUUCUUGUUCAAGACAAUGGUUUUUCAAGGCCUUUGCUAUUUGGACUUGACGAAAUUGGUAGGUUGCAUGUCAGUGGAAAAAUACUGUGCAAUAACUGUAGCAGUUUCUCAUUCUAUUCAAUUUUUGAUGACGAAGUGAUUACGCAUUUGAUCCUUGUAACUAAACAAGAUUUUCUCGUUGUUGUUGAAAUUACUGAUAUACUGCAUGGAGAUAUAGAUUCAAAAUAUGGGAACUUCAUUCAUGUUCAUAGCAGAAGAAGAGAAGAAGAAAAUAUUCACUUCAUCAGUCUAUGGGAAAAGGGAGCCAAAAUUCUGGGCGUCCUGCAUGGCGAUGAAGCUGCUGUUGUAAUUCAAACUACUCGAGGAAACCUGGAAUGCAUUUAUCCUAGAAAAUUGGUCCUUGCUUCAAUUAUCAAUGCUUUGAAUCAGCGGCGCUUUAGAGAUGCAUUACUCUUAGUAAGGCGACAUAGGAUAGAUUUCAAUAUCAUUGUGGACUAUUGUGGAUGGCAAGCAUUCAUCCAAUCAGCCCCCGAGUUUGUCAGGCAGCUUGAUAGUUUGACCUACGUAACUGAGUUUGUUUCGGGCAUAAAGAAUGAAAAUAUAAUACUCACACUAUACAGCAAUUACAUCUCUCUACCUUGUCAAAAAAAUGCUGAGAAAAUGGGAUCCAGAGAUUUCAACUGUUCUGAUGCUAGUAACAAGAUUUCUUCAGUACUCCUAGCCAUAAGGAAGGCUCUAGAGGAACAUGUGCUGGAAAGCCCCGCAAGGGAGCUUUGCAUUUUAACCACUCUAGCCCGUAGUGAUCCUCCUGCUCUAGAAGAAGCUUUGAAUAGGAUAAAAGAAAUCCGUGAUAUGGAGUUAGUUGGUCCUGAUAAGCCAAGGAGAAUUUCCCAUCCUUCUGCUGAAGAAGCUUUGAAGCAUCUCCUGUGGUUAUCUAAUCCUGAUGCUGUUUAUGAAGCUGCGUUAGGUCUCUAUGAUUUGAACCUUGCAGCUAUUGUGGCAUUGAACUCUCAGUGGGACCCAAAAGAAUUUCUUCCUUUCCUACAGGAACUAGAAGAAAUGCCUGGGGAAUUAAUGCGCUAUAAAAUUGACCUAAGGUUAUGCAGGUUUGAUCGUGCUCUUAGGAACAUUGUUUCUGCAGGAGAUGCUUAUUAUGCAGAUUGCAUGAACCUUAUCAAAAAGAAUCCCCAACUUUUUCCUCUGGGACUUCAAUUGCUUACUGACCCAGUGAAGAGAACACAGAUCCUUGAGGCUUGGGGUGAUAAUCUCAGUGAUGAAAAAUGCUUUGAGGAUGCGGCUACAACUUAUUUGUGCUGUUCCUGUUUAGAAAAGGCAUUGAAGGCAUAUCGUGCUUGCGGUAACUGGAGUCAGGUGCUGACUGUUGCUGGGCUCCUUAAACUUGGGAAAGAUGAGAUUAUGCAGCUAGCUCAUGAGCUUUGCGAAGAACUGCAAGCACUUGGUAAACCAGGUGAAGCUGCCAAAAUAGCUUUGGAGUAUUGUGGGGAUGUUAAUCGUGGGAUCAGUUUGUUAAUCAGUGCAAGGGACUGGGAAGAGGCUUUAAGGGUUGCUCUUUUGCAUAGACGAGAGGAGUUGAUCUCAGAAGUGAAAAUUGCUUCUUUAGAAUGUGCAAGCCUUCUAAUUGGUGAAUCUGAGGAAGGUUUGGAGAAGGUAGGAAAAUACUUAGCUCGCUAUUUGGCUGUUCGACAAAGAAGGUUACUACUUGCAGCAAAGCUACAGGAUGAGGAGCGGUCACUAAAUGAUCUUGAUGAUGAUACUGCUUCAGAGACUAGCAGUAAUUUUAGUGGAAUGAGUGCCUACACCACAGGGACAAGAAAGGGCUCUGCUGCUUCCAUUACCUCAACUAUCAUUAGCAAGGGGAAAAAUACAAGACAACGACAGAAGAAAAGAGGGAAAAUUCGUCCUGGCAGCCCUGAUGAAGAGAUGGCUCUAAUAGAGCAUUUGAAAGCCAUGUCCUUUACAGUUGGAGCAAAGCGUGAGCUUAGGUCUCUACUGGUAUCCCUUGUGAUGCUUUGUGAGGAUGCAACUGCAAGGAAGCUACAACAUGCGGUAGAGAAUUAUCAGUUGUCUCAAAUGGCAGCUGUCAAACUUACUGAAGACGCGAGUUCAACGGAAGUCAUCAAUGAGCAUGCUCAUACUCUGCAAAAUUACAUACCAAAAGUAAGACAUGAGAUGCAGAGCUCAGAGGAUUUCUUUUGGCGGUCCAUGGUAUUCAUUUCCCCUUGAAAGAUUGAAGAGUGAGUCUGCUCCCUUGGUAAUAAUGCAAGACUAUAACGAUACUUUCCCGUCUAUUUGGUCUGGUGGCUUCUAAAGAUGAGAUAAAAACUGUCUGAAGAAACUGUGUAGCAAGUGAAUUUCUUCCCCAGGUAGAUUGUCAUCUUACAUGCGUUGGUUGCUUGGCAUAAUGUGUCGUAUGCAAAUGUCACCCAGACUUGUAAACCGUAACCUUUUCUUUUAAUUUAUCUUUUUAGUAAUCAUAUCCUUUUGGGCAUGAUAGGCCUUCCUUAUGGA